AUGGUUCAGAAAAAUAUAAAAAUUGGAAGGAAAGAAUUUGACUACAAUUUACCAAAUAAUCCAGACAUCAACAGGUUUAUCAUUAAGGUUCAUAAUGAAACUGCCAAUCAACGUAGUUAUUAUUUUUUCACCAAGACGGAAGAAUGGAUUUUGAUGGCCAAUGAUGAGGAUUGUGUUUUUAUGACUAUAUAUGGUACCAGAGACAAUGGGGAAGUAUUGAGUAAAGAUUUUUACAAUAAACCAACAUCUGGAGAGAUUCAGAAACAGUCCAGUCGACCAUAUCAAUCGAUGUGUUCUAUGAGUCUGAAUACAAUUAAUUGUGAAGUAAAAGAGAGAGUUCCACUUCCCAAUGUUUCUCAUCCAGUUUUUAUACUGAAGGGAUCACAAGAGGGUGGCACAAAUUUCUAUGUACAAAUCCUGAAGCAUGAAAACACCGAAUUCAUUCAGUUGUCAACAUCAGUAAAUAAUGAGAUCAAAGAUUCUACUAUUGAGCUACAAUCUAGAAGAAACUAUACAUGUAAACUGUACAAAGUAGAUAAACGUGAUGAGCAAUAUGUUGUGACUGCCGAUAACUCAUACCUAAGUUUAAAAACUCGUAAUUGUCAGAGAGAUGUUGAAAAGUUGAAGGAAAAAGCUAAAAGUUAUAUACAAGGACACAGUGUAUAUUCAGUGAAUUAUUUAUAUCGAAACAAACCAAGCUGCCAUCCCACCAUUCUACAAUCCAAGAAAACAGGAAUUAUAGCAAAAUAUUUAAAAGAUAACAACGGUGAUCAAUAUUCAAGUAUUAACAAUAAUAUUUGUGGUCUCCAUUUUUCUGCCACCCCAGCAAACAGCUCUGGAGACCUACCAAUGAGCAGUUAUUUUGGAGAUUAUAGAAUUAUGAUAUUUCCAGAAUAUUUAGUUGACGGUUGUCAUUUGUAUUUUGCUGAUUUUUUCUGUAUGAGUCGAAUACACUGGGUGACAUUAGUUUUAACGAAAGCUGGAAGCAAGGAAGAUGAUUUUUGUCAAAAUAGAUUGGUAAAGCUGGAUAUUGAAAAUAAUCCAUUUUUUUAUAAAGUGGGGGCUAGUUAUAAAGUUACCUCCCUUGAUGUUGAAAUUCUUUAUACAGAAGAUAUUAAUCUCAAUGAAAUGAGGCUAAAAAUGGGAUUUCAAGAAAAAACUACCCCAACUUGUGGUAAGGGAAGAAGCACACCUGGAGGAAGGCCUAAAAAUACUUCCUGUUCUUCAUGUAACUUGCCCCAUUACUGA